AUGCUGGGCUCACAACUCACUCCCAGCCGAUGGCGACGAAACUACGACAUCACCGACCCGAAAAAGCCUGGCACGUACAGCAGCGCCAUCACUCCCCACUUGCAGACAGUGUCCGUAAAGGCAUGCACACACCCAAUCCGCACCAUCGUCUUCAUCACAGUGCUCAGCAGCGUAUUCUACGUCAAUCUCCUAGAAACGGGCUUCUUCCAACCCUCGCCCGUUAGUGGUAACAAGGUCGACUUCACUGCGCUCUCGACAGGAAGCAGAAGCCUGCACCUCGGACCAGAAACAGCUUGGAAGUGGCAGGUCGAGGAGAAUGGCGCAAGCAGGAGGAAGAAUGACAAGGAAGAGGAUAUCGCGCUGGUGACCUUGGACUUUUUGGACUCGGGCACCAACUCUCCCAAUGCUGCUCCAGUCGCGCAGAAGGUGCCUAUACCGCAGGGCUCAUCUGUGCAACUACUGCCAGCGAGUGAGAACAUCCUCUCUGCUGUGUCCUCAGACACCAUGCUCGCCUUCUCCAUGCCUUUUGAAGAGACCGCGCGCUUCUUCGAGACUGUCAAGGAGAUCCCUGCUUCACCUGCCCGCCUCCCACAAGAGGACGAUGGCGAUGGCUCGGACGAUGAACCAGAACAACAAAAGUGGCUGAUGAAGACGGCCAAGAGAGCUCCUGGCUCGGGUGGCAUGCUCGAGUGGGCUCAAAACGCCUGGGACUCCUUCCUGGAUCUCAUCAAGAAUGCCGAGACUCUCGAUAUCGUCAUCAUGUCUUUGGGCUACAUCUCCAUGUACCUGACCUUUGCUUCGCUCUUCAUGAGCAUGCGCCGCCUCGGAUCCAACUUCUGGCUCGCGACCACUACCCUCUUCUCAUCCGCAUUCGCUUUCUUGUUCGGACUGAUGGUCACGCUCAAGCUCGGAGUUCCGGAAAAUGUCGUCUUGCUCUCCGAGGGUGUUCCUUUCUUGGUCGUCACAGUGGGGUUUGAGAAACCAAUCAUGCUCACGCAGGCUGUUCUGGCUGCAUCGGUCCAGGCAAGGAAUGGCAACACAACACCUGGAGGCAACGGAGAUGCGCCGCUUACCAUCCAGAACGCCGUGGUGACUGCCGUCCGCGAGCGCGGCUUCGAGAUUGUGCGCGACUACGCCAUCGAGAUCGCCAUUCUCUGCAUUGGUGCGGCUUCUGGCAUUCAAGGCGGUCUCAAGCAAUUCUGCUUCCUGGCUGCUUGGACAUUAUUUUUCGACUGCAUCCUGCUUUUCACGUUCUACACAUCGAUCUUGACAAUCAAGCUCGAGAUCAACCGCAUCAAGCGCCACGUCAACCUGCGCAGAGCUCUGGAGGACGAUGGUGUGAGCCGACGUGUAGCAGAGAAUGUCGCAAACAGCAAUGAUUACUCCAGUGGCAACCUCGACAGUGCAAACAGCAUCUUUGGCAAGAAGGCUCGCGACGGCAGCAUUCCACGUUUCAAGGUCCUGAUGGUUAGCGGCUUCUUGCUCAUCAAUGUGCUGAAUCUCUGCACCAUGCCUUUCCGAGGCCAUCGCAACAAUGCGCCUGUCACUACCGCUGGUCUGUCGAGUGUGGUGACGCAACCUCCGAUGGAUCCAUUCAAGGUUGCUGGCAAUGGUUUGGACUUUCUCUUUGCCACUGCUGAGAAGAGCCAACAGCCAAUUAGUGUCACCGUUUUCAACCCGAUCAAGUACGAGCUGCAGUACCCAUCUGUACACUACGCAGCACCUGAAGAGGCAUCUGACUGGACACUGUUCGACGGCGACUACCAAAGUGGCAUGUUCUCCGUGUUGGGCGGCAGAGUGGUUGAAAGUCUAUUGAAGAGUUUCGAGGAUCCAACGCUUAGCAAGUGGGUUAUCAUUGCUCUUGCCUUGAGCUUGGUGCUCAACGGAUACUUGUUCAACGCCGCGAGGUGGACCAUCCAAUCGCCGGACGAAAUGAGUCAGCCUUCUACACCUGUAGCUCAGACUGAACUGAUCGCACCCAAGCCAAAGGCGAACGGACAUGCAGUGGCGCCCGCAGCCAUCAGGACUGAGAAGCAUGAGGCGGAUGAUGCACAAGUCGAAGAGCUGGUCAACAAGGAAGGCAAGCGCACAAGAGAAGAGUGCGAGAAGAUCCUUGCCGCAAAGAAGGCACCGAUACUUGACGACACUGAACUCCUAGAUCUGGCUGUUCGUGGCAAGAUUCCUGGCUACGCUCUGGAGAAGACGAUUGAAGACAAGACUCGUGCUGUCAAGAUCCGCAGAUCCGUCAUCUCGCGUACACCCGCCACAUCUGCCCUCACCUUGAAGCUGGAGAAGUCCAAGCUCCCUUACGAGCACUUCGACUACGAGCGUGUCUUCGGCGCUUGCUGUGAAAACGUCAUUGGAUACAUGCCGCUUCCACUUGGUGUUGCUGGACCAUUGGUUAUCAACGGCCAAAGCUACUUCUUGCCCAUGGCCACCACCGAAGGUGUGCUUGUUGCAAGCACGAGCAGAGGCUGCAAAGCUAUCAAUGCUGGUGGAGGUGCUGUAACUGUCCUUACUGCCGAUGGUAUGACUCGUGGACCUUGCAUUGGCUUUGAAACUCUCACCCGUGCUGCUGCCGCCAAGGUCUGGCUCGACAGUGUCGAUGGCCAGAAAGUCAUGAAGGACGCCUUCAACUCUACCUCUCGCUUCGCACGACUUCAAGAGCUGAAGUCGACCAUCGCAGGCACAUACGUCUACGUUCGCUUCAAGACCACAACAGGUGACGCCAUGGGUAUGAACAUGAUCUCGAAGGGUGUCGAGAAGGCUCUUAGCGUCAUGUCCCAAGAAGCUGGCUUCACCGACAUGGCCAUCAUUUCCGUUUCUGGUAAUUACUGUACAGACAAGAAGCCCGCUGCCAUCAACUGGAUUGAUGGUCGUGGUAAGAGUGUCGUCGCUGAGGCUAUCAUCCCCAAGGACGUUGUACAAAGUGUGCUCAAGAGUAAUGUUGAUGCUCUCGUUGAGCUCAACAUCUCGAAGAACUUGAUCGGAAGUGCUAUGGCUGGAAGUAUAGGUGGCUUCAACGCACAUGCUGCCAACAUUGUGACUGCCAUCUUCCUCGCCACAGGUCAGGAUCCGGCGCAGAAUGUGGAGAGCAGUAAUUGUAUUACUGUCAUGAAGAACUUAAACGGCAACCUCCAAAUCUCCGUGUCUAUGCCCAGCAUCGAGGUCGGCACAAUCGGUGGCGGCACAGUUCUCGAACCACAAGCAGCAAUGCUCGACAUGCUCGGCGUGCGAGGUGCCCACCCCACAACACCCGGCAAGAACUCCCAGCAGCUCGCCCAAGUUGUCGCCGCAGGUGUGCUGGCGGGUGAACUUUCACUAUGCUCAGCCCUUGCAGCAGGCCACCUUGUCCGUGCUCACAUGAGCCACAACCGCUCCGCUGCACCCACGGCGGCGCCAAGCAGGGCGGGCAGUCCUGGACCUAGAUCGCCUCAGGCACCGGCGAAUCUUGCAAUGUCGAGUAUUUCGAAUGCGAGAAAGUAG